AUGAAUGAUACUGAUAUUUAUGAGGAGUAUUUUGAGGAGGCUGAUGACAUUGCCCGAACCGACUCGGAGGCCGAGGGUACCGUAUACAAAAACUCGUAUGCCUCGUUGAUGAAUGAGCUGCAGCCGUCGACAUCAUUCGAUGAUUUCAAGCAAUCCAUCAGUCACAUCACCGAAAUUUUUCGGACAGAUCCUUACAUAUUCGUGAUGACAGAUGAGAUGAGGGGAAGAGGGAAGGUUGAUUAA